AAGCACACAGGGCCCCGGGGCGCCCACGACGCCCCGGGACCCUGACAAAGAAACACGAAAACAGAAUUAUCGCAUAAAGUGAUGUUCUCAUCGUGUUUUCUUCGAGAAAAAAUAACAAGUAUGGCUGUUUCGACUCUUUGCAAGCCCCGUGGCCGGUGCGUCUCAGUUGUGGUGACGCUCUCGCUGCGUCUCGCUUCUCUAUCGGGUCGAGGCGUAGGCGCGUCGCCCCGUUUGCUCUCAGGGACAAGGCUCAGUCUCCGUCGCUGCUUGGACAAAGAUAUAAGAACAGUACUCCUCCCCUCUCUUGACCUCUUCUCACAACAUCACACUGAGGCAAACAAAGCAAACGGGCGUGCAUUUCUACACCAACGCUGGGUUGCCGCCAUUUCGUUAGAAGGAUAAGCCAUCUCAAGUACGACUUCUUACUCAAGUCAGAGCGGGUCCAGACAGCAGGUCGUACGAAAAACG